AUGGGCCAAUUAUUAUCACAUCCAAUUGAGGAUAAAACCAUGGAACAUAAGUCAUAUGAUACAAUCACAUAUUGUAUAGGACUGAUGCAAGGGUAUCGGAUGAGUAUGGAGGAUGCUCAUAAUGUCAAAGUGAAUGAGGAUGAAUCACUCGCCGUAUUUGGUGUGUUUGAUGGCCAUGGUGGGAAGACAUGCGCCGAAGUCGUAAGUGACAAGCUACCAACAAUGGUGUUUAGAGAGUUGAGCAGUUUGUUAAAAAACGGCAACGGAGAUCUCGCGUCAUAUAUGAAAGUACUAAAAGAUUCGUUUUUUAGAAUUGAUCGAGAUUUGACGAAUGAAGACUCUUCUAAUUGUGGGACCACUGCAAUCAUUGCAUCAAUUAUAGCUAACGAGUAUAUCAUUGUGUCUAAUGCGGGGGAUUCAAGAUGUAUAAUGUCUUUGGAAGGCGGUGCACCAAAGACUUUAUCAUUUGACCACAAACCGUCUACGAUGGGAGAAAGAGUUAGAAUUGAAAACAGUGGGGGAUAUGUCGUGAAUGGUAGAGUGAACGAGAUUUUAGCAUUAUCUAGAGCAUUUGGUGACUUCAAGUUCAAAUUGCCCUAUAUGGAAUUGCUGAAUAACCAAAACAAGUAUAUUGCUGCUAACAAGAAGUAUUUCAAGCAUGAAUUGAUUCAUUUACCUCCUGAAUUGUUUCUGGUCAGCGUAGAGCCAGAUGUGGUAGUCUACGACUUGAAGAGCUUAAAGCAACCAGAAUUUGUUGUUUUAGCAUGUGAUGGAAUUUGGGAUUGCUAUACUAAUACUAAGUUAAUAAAAAUUAUAAGGGACAAAUUAAGCUUGGACUGGAAAAUACAUCAUAUAACAGAAUUUAUUUUGAACGAUUGUGUUGGAAUGGCUAAUAAUGUAACAGGGAUAGGUUUUGACAAUAUGACCAUUAUCAUUGUUGCGGUACAUAAUAAUAAUAAUAUUGAUGAGUGGUAUACUAUGAUGAAAGAACGGGUUUUAAAAGAGAAGGGACUUCUCUAG